AUGUCCAUUAAGUUCUUGAUAUUGAUCUCCCGUCAAGGGAAGGUCCGAUUGACUAAAUGGUAUACCACCACCACACAAAAAACCAAAUCCAAAAUAACUAAAGAUUUAACUACUUUAAUUCUUUCAAGAAGAGCUAAAAUGUGUAAUAUUGUUGAAUAUCAAGACAUGAAGAUUAUUUAUAGAAGAUACGCCUCGUUGUUCUUUGUGAUUGGUAUUGAUAAUGAUGAUAAUGAAUUAAUGGGAUUGGAAAUAAUCCAUAGGUAUGUGGAACAAAUGGAUAAAGCUUAUGGAAAAGUCAGUGAGUUGGAUAUAAUCUUUGGAUUCGAAAAAGCUUAUUAUGUAUUGGAUGAGUUGCUUUUGGAUGGUAAAGUCCAAGAAAGUAGUAAGAAAGAAGUGUUGAAAAGAGUAUUGAAUCAAGAUGACCUAGAAGGACUGGAAGAGUUUGACGUGUUAAUAAAUUAG